AGAGAAAGGUAAGUUUAUUCAUUCCAUUUCAAGAGAUUAACGCACGCUUUUUAAAACAUGGUAAAUACAGUAAAAUACACAUGAACCUAUUUUGAGAAUCACUGUUUUGUACAUAAAUUUGUCGACAUUUUCGAAAGGUUUUAAAGGAAGCAUUGUCCACAAGUUUGUCUCGACCAGGAGAAUCAGAAGAAGAGCCAGAGGAUUUCGAACACUGCGUGCCAAUGGAAUUAAAUGUGGAUGAAGAGAUACCAAGCGAUGUUCCUUGCAGCAAAACAAACAGCGCUUUGACUCAGACAGAUGGUUGUGUUGGUUGUGCGUACCUACUGAAAGAGAAAAGGAAAACACGGAACAAAUAUGUAGCUCUGAAAGCAAAAUACGAUGAAUUAGUGAAAGCCAAACGUUCUAAAGGUGUUCAGUGCAAUAUACUGAAUGACGAAGAGGUCAUUCAGCACAGAGCUGAAUCUGAAAUGACGGCAGGCAACGACGUAAAUGAAGAGUCUGAAGACAGCGAAGUUGAAAUAGACACGGUUGCGGACGACGAUUUUAAAAUAGAAGACGAGGCUGAAUCGGGAAGAUCGGAAUUUGAUGAAUUAGAAGAUGAAUGCAGAAGGAAUCCUAGAGAAAACAUACGGAACGAAGAAAAAUACAUUGUUUUCCAAUCCCAGUUGAUGUUACUGUUUAAAUUUUGCCAUGUUUGCAAGGCAGAUAACCCGCUCGUAGAAAUGGUAACAGAUGGUACACUAGUUGUUGUCAAAACAACCUGUGGAAACCCCGCGUGCGAUAAAAGGAAUAACAUCUGGAAAAGUCAGCCACUUUUGCCAAACACAAAAGUAAAUGCAGGAGACUUCCUUUUAAGUUUUGCCAUACUUGUUUCUGGAGGAUCUUCCACCAAAGUGAUCAACAUGUUUCGACACAUGGGGCUUGCUACAAUAUCUAAUGAGUCUUUCUAUAGACACCAAGUGAAAAUGGUGCUUCCGACAAUCUUUCUUCACUGGAAAGACUAUCAAAGAAAGAUUCUUGAUAGAUUACAGGCUCUGGAAUCAAUUACCAUUUCUGGUGACGCACGACAUGACAGCAUGGGUCAUAGUGCAAAAUAUGGUGCUUAUACAAUAUUUUGUUGUACUUCAGCUGAAAUAAUCGAUUUUAGUUUGAUCCAGAGAAAUGAGGUUGGAAGCAGCACAGGAAUAGAAUUCGAAGGUUUUCAGAGGUGUUUGAAUUUUUUGUUGGAUGAUGGUCUGAACAUUUCCACAAUGGUGUCAGAGUAAAAUCUCGUCAGCCGAUGGAACGCAACGAGCCAAAUGAUACCACAUCUGUUACCAAUGGUCUGCUUCUCCCUGAAUAGUAACAAAAACAAUUUAUACAAAAAUUCCGUCUCGAAUUUAUUUAGCAGUUACAUUGUUGCAUUGUAAAACUUUAAACUUCAUUGUUCUUGCAA